AUGCCAAACCCCGGAAAAAUAUUAGGACACGUUUGGAACAAAACCGAGGACACUCUGAAGGUUCAGUUACAAGAUAAUGAUGACGGGAAGCUAACCAAGAGAGCUAUUCUUAGUAGAUUGGGAAGAGCCUAUAACCCAUUAGGAAUUAUUUCACCGACAAUGAUUGAGGUCAAGCGGAUCUAUCGUGAUUCAUGCGAGGAACAGAAGAAUUGGAAUGCAGAAUUUUCCCCUGCACUCACAAGGCAGUGGAAUAAUUGGACAAAACAAUUGCGAGACAUUGAAGUCCCAAGGAGUUUGAUGCCAGCCGGGGAAACGAAAGCUAUCGAACUUCACUUGUUUACUCAAGCGAGUGCAUUGGCAUGUUCUACUGUGGCGAUUGCAGUGGUCGAUCAAGACUCCAGAAAGUCAAAGGGGCUGAUAGCAUCAAAAUCUCGGUUAGCCAAGCGCAACACCUCAAUACCUAGACUAGAACUAGUGAGUGGUCAAAUGGGAGCCAACCUGGCCCGAAAUCUUACUCGAGCGCUCAAGAGAUUGCCGAUUCAGUUAGUUGUGAUAUGGAUGGACAGUCUCGUGUCACUUUACUGCAUUUUGAAUCCCGGUAAGCCAUGGAAGACAUUCGUUUCGAAUCGCGUGAAGAAAAUAGCAGAGAUAACGGAAGAAGUGGAAAUUCAGUGGAAGUAUUGUCCGACUGAAGCUAAUCUUGCCGACCUUGGAAUUAGUAGAGAGGCAUCCUUGAACAAGAUGGAGAAAUAUGCAUGGUACGAAGGACCUGAGUGGUUGUUGGAACAAGAGAAGUGGCUAGAGCAGCCAAACUUAAAGUCGUAAUCAGAAACUCAACAUGAAGAGAAGCCCAUUCGUGAGAUUGUCUCCUUCGUCGAUGAACGCCAACAUGACGAGUUCGACGAGCUCUUGGUGCGUAGAACAUACUGGAGUACCAUUCGGAUUACUGCGUGGAUCCUCAUAUUCGUGUACAACCUUCGAACGAAGCAGAGUCGAACAAAGAAACGUCGGGGUCCUCUUACCACGGAUGAGAUAUUAGAGUCGCAGAAUUGUUGGAUACGGCGAGAGCAGAAAUAUAUCGCACAUGACCUUGAGAAACCAGGGUGGUCCCUGGUGGAAGAUCCAGUCACAAAAGUGUUGAAGUGUCAAGGCAGAAUUCCAAACUACACCCCCAUCUACCUGGAGGAAGGAUUGUUCGUGACGAAGUUGAUUAGACAUGUUCAUACAGAACUUAUGCACCUAGGAGUCGCAAGCACUAUGGCUGAGAUAAGGAGAAAAUGGUGGAUCCCACAUCUUCGCUCGCUGGUGAAGAGACGUAUUGACGAUUGUAACGUUUGCAAAGUUUUUGCAGCAAAACCGCUAAAACCGUCAACUACUGCCUCAUUACCGAGUUUCCGUAUUGAAGCUGUCCGACCGUUUCAGCUUGCAAGAUAUCAAAGUGGAAGACGAGGAACUUACGAAGUUCAAUCGAAGGCUAGUAAAGGCUAGAGAACACGCGUGGACUCGAUAACAAAAGGAGUACAUACACGGGUUGAUGGAAAGUCAUCGUAUUAACCGAGCGAAAUCACAACCGCCGGAAGUUGGGGAGAUUGUUCUGAUCGCAGGGGAAGAGAGAAACCGUGGGAAAUGGAUGAAAGGCAAGGUGACGCGAAUCGUGAAGGGAGUAGAUGGAGUAGCGAGAGGAGUCGUAUUGUUGCAUAA